ACACCAUCACACUCAUGUGUUGAAGCUGAAGAACAACGCCAAAGAAGAAGAGAACAGUCUUUGCAUUUAAAACCAGGAGAAGCUCUCUUUGUGGCUCAGAAGUUUGAAGUUUUGGAGGAAGAGUUGGUCAACAUGUCAGCAGUGGUGGGCUGUGUUACUGGCUUCUUGACCUAUGAAACCACCAAGUCUGUCGUGGUGAAGAGCUGGUCUGUGGGGAUCACUAACCGAGUCGUGCAGCUGGUCAUCAUCACAUAUUUUGUUGGCUAYGUCUUCCUGUAUGAAAAGGCGUAUCAGGUGAGUGACACGGCCAUCGAGUCAUCGGUUAUAACCAAAGUCAAAGGUUUUGGUAAACUUAAUGACCAAGUGAUGGAUGUGGCCGAUUACAUCUACCCUCCUCAGGGUGCAGGCAUGUUCUGCAUCAUGACCAGAGCCAUCCUAACGGAUAAUCAGUUCCAAGGUCGAUGUGCAGAGACUGAUAAAAAAUUUGCAUGCGAGACAGAUGAGGACUGCGCUCAACAUGUUGGCUCUGUUCUCUCCAAUGGUAUGAUGACAGGCAAUUGUUAUAAAUCCUCGAAUGAAUCAAAAGGUAUGUGCGAGAUUGAAGGAUGGUGUCCGGCAGAGAACGACAACGUCAAYGUAGAACCAAUGGAUUUAAAAAACUUCACCAUCUUCAUCAAAAACAGCAUUCGAUUCCCACUCUUCAACGUCACCAGAGGAAAUUUUCCUCCUACGAUGGAUAUAAAGAACUGCACAAACAAUGAGAAGGAUCCCUUCUGUCCCAUCUUYCGGGUGGAGGACGUGCUGAAGAAAAUCCAGCGUGACUGGACUCAGCUGGCAGUGAAGGGUGGAGAAAUAGGAAUAAACAUCGAGUGGCAGUGCAACCUGGAUGAAAACAUUGAGAAAUGUGUUCCCAAGUACUCUUUCAGUAGACUGGAUGCUCCUUUUGAAAAAAACAAGAUCUCUAAAGGGUACAACUUCAGAUAUGCCAAAUAUUUCAAGACACAGAAUGGGACUGAAUACAGAACCCUUCACAAAGUUUACGCAGUCCGGUUUGAUAUCAUGGUUACCGGCAAAGCAGGAAAGUUCAGCUUAGUCCCGACAGUGAUCAACAUCGUUGCUGCGUUAACCUCCAUUGGGAUGGGAACAGUUCUCUGUGAUAUUAUCUUACUGAACUGCUUGAAUGGAGCAGACCGAUAUAAAGCUAAGAAGUUUGAAGAGGUGAUAGAGGACCAGACAACACAGACCGUCUCUCCAAGUCCAGACAGUCAGCUCUCACUCAAACCAGGAAUGAAAAGUUCCUGUGACUCCGGAGCCAUUUCCCUCUCCAUGUCUGACUGAGAGCAUCAAUGGGGGG